GUAAAGAUGGCGGCGCCCUUGUGCUAAAUCUUGUUGUGCGUGCUGUGUACACAGACUUCGUAAGCCUCAACAUUGUGUUUAUUUUGCCUUUUUAAAGCAGUCAAGAGCAGUGUGUUUUUCCUGUUUAUUCAGGAAAUUAACAAUGGCUGACGAGGAACAAGAAAAGACGUACACCUGGGAGGGAGACUAUGAGAAAACCUGGGAGGCACUUCGUGAGGAUGAACAUGGUUCCCUUCAGACGACGGUGGAUGACAUCAUACUGAGAGCUAAACGGAAACGUUUGGCAGACAGACCACCCAAUAUCCGUCUAGGAAUGAUGAGGCACCUCUUUGUGGUGCUUGACAUGUCUAGAUCUAUGGAAGACCCAGACUUCAGACCAAGUCGACUCCGUUGUUCAAUCAAGUUGUUGGAGACGUUUAUUGAGGAAUACUUUGACCAAAAUCCAAUCAGCCAGAUCGGUCUGAUUACGACCAGCAAUAUGAGAGCAGAGAAACUAACAGACCUUGGAGGAAAUCCUAAGCGUCAUGUUGCAGCUUUGGAGAAAUGCAAAGACAAACCAUGCUCCAAGGAACCGUCUCUUCAGAAUGCUCUAGAUUUGGCCGCUUCAUCCCUCAGACAUAUGCCUGGUCAUGCAAGCCGUGAGAUUCUUGUCAUCUUAGGAAGCUUAGUGACUUGCGAUCCUGGAGACAUUCAUCAAACUAUCAAGGUGAUGAAGGAGUUAAACAUUCGCUGCUCUGUGAUUGGUCUCGCAGCCGAGGUCAGAAUUUGUCGCAAGCUCUGCACAGUGACCCAAGGAACUUACGGAGUACCGGUGGACGAGAGUCACUAUAGAGACUUACUUAAAGAACACACCAAUCCCCCUCCUGCCACCGUGAAUACCGAACCAGCACCGAUUCGAAUGGGAUUUCCUCAGCAUGUUCUACACACUGAAAAGGACAAAAUGGAAAAACCUUCAAUGUGCAUGUGUCAUCUUGAUGUCAAAGGUCAUGUAGGCUUCGGCUCAAGCGGUUAUUUCUGCCCUCAAUGUCGAAGCAAGUACUGCGAACUGCCGGUGGAGUGCAAAGUCUGUGCUCUGACGCUAGUCUCUGCUCCUCAUCUGGCUCGUUCUUUCCAUCAUCUCUUCCCUCUUGGAGACUUCUUGGAAGUUCAACGAGAGACGCUCAACUCGGAAGAGAACUUAUUCUGUUUUUCGUGUCAACGUGAACUCAAGGAAGCCACGGUUUUCCAGUGCUCCACCUGUCUUCAUACCUUCUGUCUGGAUUGUGACCUCUUCAUCCACGAUUCUCUCCACUCAUGCCCAGGAUGUGCAAGCACAAGGUCUGAGCAGUCAAGAACCUCAAAGGAAUCUCACCACAAGAGGUGAAACAUCAAAGGAAGUUCACCACAAGAGGUGAAACAUCAAAGGAACCUCAAAAGAACCUCACCACAAGAGGUGAAACAUCAAUGGAACCUCAAAGGAUUCUCACCACAAGAGGUGAAACAUCAAAGGAACCUCACCAAAAGAGGUGAAACAUCAAAGGGACAUCACCACAAGAGGUGAAACAUCAAAGUAACCUCACCACAAGAGGUGAAACCUCAACCACAACUGCUGAGAACAAGUCAAACUCGUGCACAAACUGUUGCAAGAUCUUGUGUGCCCAUCUUAAAGAAAACUCACUUCCGCCAAAAGACGUAGAUACUCAAAAAUCUGGGAUGUCCGCAUCUGUGAUCCCGAAAGUUCAAAUCCUUGUAUCCUUAUCCAAGACCAUAGGCCAUAAUUUGCUUCUCGAAUCCCAGGAGUAUAGCUAGGGUUAAAUCAGUAAUACAUUGUACGUUAAGUGGAACUGCAUGUGUAAAAUUGGCGUUAUUUAAAUAAUGUAUGAUUUGAGUUUGAUGUGAAAUGCUUUAUUUACAAUAACAAAUGUACUUUGGCCAGACGCUGAAUUAAAUAUUGGAAUAAUAAUUUAGUUUUUUACAUAUUGUACAUACUUGUAUCAAAGAUUCUAAUCAAAUGUAAAUAAAGUACUCAUCCAUUGGCAGUUUAAUUGAGAUUCAAACUUUUUGAAACUAUGAAAGAUUUCUUAAAGAUUUAUAAAAGUGGCCCCCACAAGUCAGACAUUUUAUGCCUUUUAACAUCUUCCAAUAUCUAAUAGAUAUUAACUUUGCAGCUGGGACAAAUAAUAUAAUUUGCUGUUACACAAAUAUAGUUCAAAUUUUCUCAGCUGGGCAGCCAGAAUUGUUACUGAUGUGUAAAGGGCCAUUGCUUUUUAGUUGGGGCCCUGAGGCUGGGUCAUGAUUUUUUCGAGGGGCCCUGGAAAAGGGGGGAGAUUACAACCCCGCCCCUCCCCACCCCUCCUCCC